AUGUCAGCCCAAUCUAGUGCCCCUAAGCCUGUUGUUAUUCCUCAAUAUUCUUUGACCGAUUACGCCAAGUUCGCCUUGGCCGGUGCUAUCGGUUGUGGUUCUACCCACUCCGCAAUGGUUCCAAUCGAUGUGGUCAAGACUAGAAUCCAAUUGUCUCCUGAAGUUUACCGUGGGGGUAUGAUUUCUUCAUUCAGAAAGAUCAUUUCUGAAGAAGGUGCUGGUGCUCUAUUGACUGGUUUCGGUCCAACUUUGUUGGGUUACUCCAUCCAAGGUGCUUUCAAGUUCGGUGGUUACGAAGUUUUCAAGAAGAUGUUCAUCGACGUUCUUGGUUUCGAAAAUGCUGCUAAUUACAAGAACUCUGUAUACAUGGGUUCAGCUGCUAUUGCUGAAUUUUUCGCUGAUAUCGCUCUAUGUCCAUUGGAAGCCACUAGAAUCAGAUUAGUCUCUCAACCAAACUUCGCUAGCGGUCUAGUCGGUGGUUUCAGCAGAAUGUUGAAGGAAGAAGGUGUUGGUACUUUCUACAACGGUUUCACCCCAAUUUUGUUCAAGCAAAUUCCUUACAACAUUGCUAAGUUCUGGGUGUUUGAACGUGCUUCUGCUGUCUACUACGGUCUUGCUGGUGGUAAGGACAAAUUGUCUGAAACUGCUUCUACUGCUAUCAACUUGGGUUCUGGUUUGACCGCUGGUUUGGCUGCUGCUGUUGUUUCUCAACCAGCCGACACUUUGUUGUCUAAGGUCAACAAGACUCCAAAGGCUCCAGGUCAAUCUACUUUGAACCUAUUGGGUCAAUUGGCUAAGCAAUUAGGUUUCUUCGGUUCUUUCGCCGGUUUGCCAACCCGUUUGGUUAUGGUUGGUACCUUGACCUCUUUGCAAUUCGGUAUCUACGGUUCUUUGAAGACCGCAUUGCAUUGUCCACCAGCUAUCAAUUUGGGUGGUGGUCACUAA